AUGUUUGCCUUUCAAGGUACAUCAGCCCAGGGCAGCCCCCUUCUCGCUUCUCUGCCAGUUCCAGGACGGCCUCUGCAGCCUCAGCUCGACCUCAAACACCUCCUGCCCUUCAGACUCAAUGGAUCCUCCCCUCUCAGCCUAUUCCCCAACUUCAACACGAUGGACCCUGUCCAGAAGGCAGUGAUCAACCACACCUUUGGUGUCCCUCAGCCCCUCAAGAAGAAACAGAUUAUCUCCUGCAACAUUUGCCACCUGCGCUUUAACUCGACAAACCAAGCAGAAGCCCACUAUAAAGGCCACAAGCAUGCCCGGAAAGUCAAAGCCAUGGAGGCGCAGAAAAACAGGCAGCGGCGAUCCGGGGACGCCUCGUCCACGGGGAGGGAGAGGGACCGAGAGCGGGAGCGGGAGCGAGACAGAAACAAGACAUCCACGUCUGAGGCCGCGCUCCCUGCGCCUAUGGAGACGAGCUUAGCCGAGGGAGCAAGUCUUCAGCCCGAUCUGGAGCCCACCGUUCUGGAGGAGAAGCUGGAGGAGAGUCCCAGAAGCUCGGUGAUGCUGACGCCAGUAUCUGAGGUGUCCUCCGUGGAGCUGGUCACCCUUUCCCCGCCUCAGAUUUCCCCCUCCUCUCAGCUGUAUGAGACGGCAUCAGACACCAGUGCCCCUGAAGUCUCAGAGGUGGCAGAGGCCUCAGAGGCCGCGGGUCCGACCGGUGAUCCGGGCAGCGGCGCGGACCCCUCCGGCACCAACGGGGAGCCGUGCACAGAUGACGACAAAGACCCCAAGAAGAGCAAAGCUCACCUCCAUUGUCCUGUUUGCAAAGUCACAGUCAACUCUGCCUCCCAACUGGAUGCACAUAACAGUGGUACGAAGCACAAGCUGAUGCUGGAGGGUCACAGUGUUCUGCCGCGCCGCCGCGGGAAAGUGGUAGCCACCCGAGGGGGCUGCAAGAGCAAGCGGCUGGGCAGCAAAGGCAGCAUCGGGGUGCCCAGCAAGAACUUCCAGUGUGAAGUGUGUGAGAUCUUUGUGAACUCCGAGACUCAGCUGAGCCAGCACAUGAAUAGCAGAAGGCACAAGGAUAGGCUGGCCGGAAAACCACCCAAACCCAAAUUUACCCCCCACAGCAAGAGCCAGCCAAGCUCCAGCUUAGCGAACGUGAGAUGGAGUGGCUAUGCAGGAGUGGCGGUGUCUGCAAUGAAGAAAGCAUUCACCCAGUACAACCUCACCUCCCUCUCCUCGCAGACCAAACUGGCCUUGCAGAAGCAGCUGACCAAGAGUUUGACAACUGGCUUCCUGCCCAGCCCCCUCACCCAGCCAACUCUGUGCACAAUGGCAACUAACCCAUUGGCUCUGCGCCACCCGGUGGGCACCACCACCUUCAUCCAGACCCCAUUCCUGGGCCCUGCACUGUUCCGGCCUGCGCCAGGGCCUCUGCGGGCCACACACACACCCAUCAUCUUUUCCCCAUACUAAGGACCUAACCAUCCUCUCAAAUGAGCCCCUCCCCUGUCCCUUUACCAAAUCCAAGGCCCUGCUUUAGAGUGACCCUCACCAUAAACAGGCCACAUGCAAACUAUGCAGCCCACCUGACUUAAAAUGGAAAGAGUGCACAAGUCCUGCUGCUCGCCAGGCCCCAUGGCCUUAGAGCUGAUCUUAUCAUAAAGGCCAAGAUCCCCCAUCAUGCCUUCUUUCUGCUUCUCUUAUAAUGACCUAAGGAGCAGGACAGGUCUCCAGACAGUGACUGCUGAAAUGAGGCCGCUUUUAUAGCCAUUUCAUGGGUCAACAUGUUUUAAAUUAUGGAUAAUAUUGUGUAAUUUAUUAUAGAACAAAUGUCUAGAUGUAUGUUUAGUGUGGUUGCCACAAAAUAAGGUCCCUUUAAUUGAUGCUAUUGUUAAAUAGUUUUUAACUUCUAUAUUCGGAGGUAUGAUGAAUUGUCAUUGUAGGUCAUUAAAGUUGCUGAACACAAGCCAUACCAGUAUGGCUGCACAAGACAAGCUUAGAUGAUGCAUUGUGGAUAUAGUAGACAAAAAGAAGGAAAAGAACUUCUUGCACAGUUACUCUGUAUUCACUUAAAGCAGCUCAAGGGCGGGAGUGACUCCUCUUUGUCAUACCACACAUUGGUAUGUCUUUAUGCUAAGGUUUCAGUAACAUCAUCCUACACUCACACCCCUAAAUACGGUUCACCGAGCACUUGGCCCGCACUUAAAACAUUCUUCUUCUUUUUUCUUUCUGAGUCACAUCCACUGUCAUCCCCUCCAGUUUUUUUUUCUUUUGGGAUUAAGCACUCACAAACGUCCAGAAAAGAUCAGCUUGCCCGCUUUACUUUGUUUCAAUUUAAAAAAAAUACUGUCUUCUGAAGGAUUUCCUGCUCCAGUGCAUCAUUCAUGCCAUGCAUCUUGAACAUCAUGUUCUUGCCAAGCUGGAGGCAUGAAAGCAUUUUUGCAGCUUUGGAUGUUUUACCCUGCAAAAUGCCACAGUUUCUUUGCUUUCACAUCCUGGCUGCUGUUAUUUCCCUUUUUUCCCUCACAUCACUGUCGUCACCUCGCUGUUGCCCUUGAUUUUCUCUGGUAUUAUCUCAGCAUGAGAUGAUGAGGAGCCGGGAAAGCGCCCCUCACAACACACACGGUCACACACGUAAUGAAAACACAAUGAAGGACCUUAUGGGAUUUCAGAGCUCGAUAAAAAAUAAAAAAAAGUUUGGAUGGCAGUGGGUGGGUAGGCUGCUCAGUCAGAAUUUGAUUGACAUCUUGUUGCAGCGUCUGCAUGCAGCGUGGGAGGGAACAAAGCACAGUGCCAUGGCAACCACAUUAAAAAGCACCUUAAAACUGAUUUACCUGCAAAAGCAAUGAAAAUUGUGUUGAUGUUCAUCUUUUAUUUGCUGUAGGUGUAUGUUUUACAAUUCCUUGUCAAUUCCAAUGAGAAUUUUGCUUUGAAAAAAAAAAAAAAAUCAGGUGAG